AUGGAGUUGGCCAAGAGGAGGAAGGCAACUGAGUUGGCCAAGAAGAAGGAGUUGGCCAAGAAUAGGAAGGCAAAGGCGAAGAUGGCCAAGAAGGACGAAAAUGAGGAGGAGGAAGGAGAUGGCCAAGAAGAGGAGGAGAAUAAUGAUGAGGAGGAGAAGACUAUUGAGAAUGUGGAGGAGAAUAUUGUUGAGAAGAAUAAGAAGAAGGAGGAGAAGAAUGAUGAGGAGAAGACGAUUGAGAAUGAUGAGAAAAAGGAGGAGAAGAAUGAUGAGGAGAACACCGUUGAGAAUGAGGAGAAGAAGGAGGAGGAGAAGACUAUUGAGAAUGAGGAGAAUAAUGAGGAGAAGAAGGAGGAUAAUGAGGAGAAGAAGGAGGAAAAUGAGGAGAAUGUGAAAGAAUUGACUCCAUCAAAAUUUGCUGGAAAACAGUUUCAGAGAAGGGGACUACACCGACCCUAUUGGGAAAUGUUUAAACUCAAUGAUCCGGUAACAGUUAAUCCUCUUUUACAUUAUGACAAGGAAAAAAUGAAGGAAUUGAAGAAAUGGUUGAAGAGUAAGGAUGAAGACUUCAAAGAUGUGAUUAUUUACGAACAAAUCAUUGUUUAUUUACCAGACUAUUCACGCCUCAAAAAUGGUUAA